UUUAUGCCCAAGCCGGUGGAGAAACCGUUCUCACCACCAAAGUCUAACAACAUUAUGGACUACUUUAAGAGGACCUCGCCUGCACAAGAUAUAAAAAGCUGCUCUCUAGUAGCUAAAGAAAACUCUCCGCAACCUUCAGAGCAAGCAAGUCGUGAAAUCCCUGUGAAACCUAUAAGAGGACAGGGGCAGAAGCGAACCAGGAAGGCCAAAGACAACAAGAAGUCCAAAGAGGAGGAUGCACAGGUGGUCACAGAUGAUGUUGUCUUGAUUGAAAGUCCCAGUGAAUCAUCUGUAAAGGAAAGCAAUACUGCCGUCCUUCCAGCUCAAACCUGUCAUGAUGCCUCCUCUGAUAAAGACUCUGACAUGAGGAAAAAUGUCACAGAUGUCCUGAUGAUUACGAAUUCAGCAGAAAGUUCUGAACAAAAACCCUCAGUAAACCAAAGCAGGAGGAAAGACUGCGCAAACAGAAAAUCUGCUGUGAGGAGAAUCCGAAAGGCAAAAGGUGGCUGUGAAGAGACUAAGGAAUGUGAUGCUGAUGCACAAGAGCCUGUAUGUGAGACUAAAUUGGAGGAAAGUGCAGAAAAGAAAAGCGCCACCGUCACAAUUUCAUUCAAAGACUUUGUGCAGAAUCAAAGUCAAGAGUGGGAAGAGAGCAAUGUGAUUCCCAAGACUGACAAUGCUGACACAUUAAGUGAAGGCAACCUCUGUAAUGAUCAUUGUGAUUCUGCAGUCGGUCCUCUACAGGUGUCACCACGAACUCUCAUGAUUCAAGCUGAGGUGCAUCCCAUUUCCCCUGAUCAUCUUGAGUCUGUCAAAGAUGCCAAGGAGUUAAAAGUCGCAUCUAUUUUUAGUAGAAAUAAAAAAAGUCAAUCAAAAGAGGACAAGAGUUUGUCUGAUCCUAUCCCGGAGGUUAAACCGGACGUAUUGCCUGACCUCAAAAGGAAAUCUAACGUUGUUCUUCUUGAGGAAGAUCUGGAACUUGAU